AUGUGGAAAGUGCCCAUCAGGUCUGUGGAGCUGAAACUGGGGAUAGUUGCGGAGGGGAGGGUGAGGAGGGUGAAGGAGUGGAGGGAGAGAGAAAAGGCUAAAUGGGAUGAGCUCGUUCAGCCGUCGGCAUUGUUUGAGGCGGGGUUGGGGCCAAAGCCAAGUAGUGGGGAUCUCGACCGAGCAGAGUUGGAGGCGAGGAGAAGGGUGCAGGAGGCAGAGGAUCAGGCCAUUCUUGCCAAAGCCCAGCAAUUCAAAGAGUCCCAGGCCGACCGGCCACCAAAACCUGUUGCGAAGGAGCGGAUUCGACCUCGCCCCAAACCCUUGGGAGAGAAAAACUUGGGCGAUUUUGUGCCGCGGCCGCCCCCAGCAGACCCUUUGAAGGAGAGGUCGUUGAAGGAGAUGGAGGCAUUGGGCGUGGGAAAGAAGAAGAAGAGAGUGAGUCAGAGUGAGGAAGUGUCUGCCCAGAAGGGGAGGAGGGAGAUGAGUGUGAAAAAAACCAGUGCAGUCGUGGGGUCUGAAGGGGGAGAAGGGGAGGGGGCCCCAGGAAGGGUAGGUGGCCCAGAAGUGGUGGAUAUUGCCUUAGAGGUCACAAAGGUCGUCCCCGAAAGGCAAGUGGAGGAUGAGGCUGUUGGCCCUGGGCGAAGGAGGGAGGGACAGCCUCAGGGGGGUCUUGUACCGCAAGAAGAAGGAGUUGGUGAGACCACGGCGAUCUACCAUGCUCGUGUGGUGGCGGGGCGGCUGGAGGGAGAAGAAGGCCCAGCCAGAGCAGGGGCAGAUCGCCUUGUAGGGACUGUAGAAGAGGCAGCCUUGCGCUCGGCCUCCAGAUUCAACGAGGCUGAGCUGCUAAGGGGAUUAUACUCCGCUCAAAUGGAGUUAAAGGAGAAGAGUGCGAGUUGGGAGAGUGCCCACAUUGAGCUACAAACGGUUAAGGCGGAGGUGGAGGACACACGCUGCCAGGUUGUGUCGCUCGAGUUCCAACUUGCUGGUGAGCAGAAGAAGUUGGACGAGGCCCAAAGAGCCUACGUCGUCGCGGUUGAGCGACAUGAAGAGGCUAUGAGCAAUAAUGAGGAGCUGGUCAGGCAAAAGGACGAGGCGGAUAGUAGAGUGGGCGAUCUCCAGAGGGAACUGGAGGGCGAGCGCGCCAAGGCAGGGGAGGAGAAAGGGAGACUCCAGAGGGAGUUGGAAGCAGCGAGAGUGCAUGUGGCGGCGGAAAAGGAGAGCCUGAAGAAGGAGUUAGAGGCAGAAAAGGCGAAGGCGGCGUCGGAAAGGGCGGCCCUGCAGAAAGAGCUGGACGAAGAGAGGGCAAGGGCAGCUUCUAAAAGGGCGGCCUAUCCCGAUCUGUGCAUCGCAGUAGUGGAGCAAUUCAAAGGGUCUGUCGAAUUCCAGACGGCGGUUGAUGCCGUGGUCGCGAGUAGCCUGAUAAAUGAGGCAUGGGCAAAGUGUUUGUAG